AUGGUUGGUACCGAGGCACUUGUUAGGCAUCCUCUAUCUUGGAUCCCCAUUCGGUCUUGCCAUCCUUCAGCGCUACCCGCAGGCUCGUCCGUCGCCGGCUUAGCGGUAUCAUACGUCUUCACCUGGCUCCUCUCCCGCUACUCCUUCGCCACAGCCACGCGCGUCUGGGCGCUCGUCGCCUUCGCCGUGCCCGCGCUCCUCGUCUUGUCCGCCAAACCGCGGCUGCCCGUCGUGGCUGCAUAUGAACCACCGACACGACGCAACAACAACAACAGCCGCAGCAUCAAAACCUCAUUCCGCUUCGUGCCGACCAACAGCUUCCUCUCCUCCCAGCUCGGAAACGUCUUCCACACCCUCGGCCACUUCAUCCCGUCCACCUACCUCCCCUCGUACGCGCGCUCCCUCUGCUUCUCCCCGGCCGCCGCCGUCACCACCUCCCUCGCGCUCGUCAACGUCGGCGGCUUCUUCGGCAACAUCGCAGCCGGCGCCCUCUACAGCGACGCGCUCGACAUCUCGCUCGUCGUCCUCGCCGUCAGCCUCGCCGCCGCCGCCGCCGCGAGCUUCCUGCUCUGGGGCCUCAUGUCGGGCUCCGUGGCCGUCUCCCACUCGUCGGCGGGCGUGCUGGAGACGGGCCCGGCAUUUGGGCUGCUGGGCGCUGGUCGCGGGAUCGGUAGUAUCGCGUCGGGUCCGCUGAGCGAGGCCCUGCUGGGGACGAUGCUGGCGAAGGGGAGCGGCGGUGAUGGCGCGUUUGGGUACGGGUUCGAGUAUGGGUCGUUGAUCGUGUUUGCCGGUGUGGCCAUGUUGCUUGGAGGCGCGCCCGGCUUCGCGGCGAAGAAGUUGGGGUGGAUGUAG